AGCUGAUGCCACACACCGCCCACAUGUAUGAGCAUUGCGCAACGGCCCAUUUCAUUUGCCAUUAGCCACUUGCCGGCAAUAUAUUCUCGGAGAUUGCCCUUGUUUUCCUCUUUCCUCGUUUGCGGCAACAUGAGGACGUCGUUUCGAGCCUUCCCUGUUGUUACAGUUCCCCCUCUUCCUUCUCUCGGCCCCACCGCUUCCUUUCCUGCUCGCUUCCCCUCACUUCCUCAACGCCGCUUGUGCAAGUUUGGUGUGAAAUGUAGCUAUGCAGAAGCAGGAAUCAGUGAUGACUCAAGAUCAGCUACAAUAGAUGUUGUGGCUGAUGUCAGAAACGAACGGAUUGUAGUCUUAGGAGGAAGCGGUUUUGUUGGUUCUGCAAUAUGCAAGGCUGCGGUAUCCAAGGGCAUAGAGGUUAUAAGCCUAAGCAGGUCAGGGCGUCCUACUUACUCGGGCUCAUGGGUGGAUCAGGUUAAUUGGGUACCAGGAGAUGUUUUCUAUGCAAACUGGGAUGAAGUACUUGUUGGAGCUACAGCUGUGGUUUCAACCCUUGGAGGUUUUGGCAGUGAGGAGCAGAUGAAAAGAAUUAAUGGCGAGGCUAAUGUUGUGGCUGUAAGUGCUGCAAAGGAUUUUGGGAUUCCAAAGUUUAUCUUAAUCUCAGUGCAUGAUUACAACCUACCAUCAUUUUUACUAUCAUCUGGAUACUUCACAGGAAAGAGGAAAGCUGAAUCAGAAGUACUAUCCAAAUAUCCAAACUCGGGUGUUGUCCUAAGACCAGGGUUUAUAUAUGGAAAGAGGCGAGUGGAUGGUUUUGAGCUUCCACUUGAUCUGGUUGGGGAACCACUGGAAAGAAUUCUUAGUGCUGUGGAGAACUUUACCAAGCCUUUAAAUGCUCUUCCAGCAUCUGAUCUGAUCUUGGUUCCACCAGUUAGCGUAGAUGACGUUGCUUAUGCAGUCGUCAAUGCUGUAAGAGAUGAUGACUUCUUCGGCGUUUUCACCAUUGAACAAAUCAAAGAAGCAGCAGCAAAAGUGAAAGUGUGAAUCAGUUCUACAGAUUAGACUAGUUGUCAUAAGCUCUCUAGUAUUUCAACAUCCACCAUACAUCACUUGAUCUGAUCCUUCAAAAUGUGACUAAACGCAAAGUUGAGCUGUUGUAAAGUUGUUCAAAAAUUUACUCAUAUAUAAUAAUCAAGCAGAAUCAUCUAUUAUGGA